UCAACUUUCAAACUCGCCUCCUCGGUCAGCGCCCUGGCAGGCAGACCAGAACCAGCUGAUAGCAGCCCUGAUAUUGUGGUUUUUCAGCUGCUGUUGAUCUCAACAUCAUAAGGCUGUAAAUAUGUGUUGGCGGGAACGCUGUGGCAUCAGGUGUCAGGGAUUAACUUCUGAGAGUUUUGGAUUUCAUCUGUUGAUAUGAUCUGUACUUUCCCUCACAUGUAAGAAAUGUCAGCUGCUCCUCAUGACUGCAGCAACGACACCUCGCUCCCCAUGUGCUAUGAGGAGUCGGCAGGUCCACUCGCUGUAAUCAUCAUCCCUUCUCUGUUGGCUCUGAGCACACUUUUAGGAGUGGCUUUGAUUUUAUGCAGUCUCCAUAAGAACAAACAGAGACAUCAGAGCACCUCAGCUCAUUUAACAAAUGGCCAGCAGAGUGUAUCCCCGGCUACAGCUGCUGUGAGCACUCCAAAGGUCCAGGCAGCUUUGUAUCCCUGGGAGAUCCCUGAAGAGUGUGCUCUAGAGGGACUAGAGUUUUGGCAGACAGGUCGCCAUGGCCCCAUUUGUAAAGGUCUGCUGAAGAAGAGAGACGGAGCCUCCUCUGCUGUGGUGGUGAAGUCUCUCCGAGAUGGUCCCAACCGGCCUGAAGCUAAGGAGUUUGUGGAGUGGGUCCUGUUCCACGCCAGAGUGUGUAAACAUGAGAACGUGGUGCGAAUGUUGUACUGUCAGACCAAGCGUCUACCCAUGUAUCUGGUCUUAGAUGCCUACAGCCCAGGAAACCUCCUUCACUUCCUCUGGACACUCAGAAAUAAGAAUUCCAAUACUGUGGAUCCAUUGCUGAACUUCUCUGAGACGUCAGUGUUUCUGGUGGCAAAGCAGGUUACAGCUGGCCUGGACUACCUGAUGUCCCAGCACAGGCUGGUGCAUGGUGAUGUUGCUGCCAGGAACAUCUUAAUUGGCCCAGGCCUCUCAGCCCGGGUGUCUGGCCUGGGUACGGCAUUUGGAGGACGCAGAUCGGAUCCACCAAUUAGGGAGAGGGCAGCAGAGGUGCCUCUCAAAUGGCAGGCUCCAGAGAGGAUCAUGAUGCAGCUCAGUAUCGACAGGAGUGACGUGUGGUCAUUUGGAAUCUUACUGUAUGAACUGAUCACCUUAGGCUCUCCUCCGUACCCUGAUCUGGAGCCUCUGUCUGUGCUUCCAAAGCUACAGGGGUCUUAUCGAAUGAAGAGACCAGAGAACUGUGGAGGACCUUUGUACGAUCUGAUGAAGUAUUGUUGGAUGUGGAGUUUCAAAGACCGACCUGCGUUCUCGGCCAUCAUCAAGCUGUUGGAGGCUUCACAGCAUCUGGCUUCUACCAAAGACAUUUGUGUUCCUGAGGUCAUUGAUGUAUUUGAGUACAACAGAAAUGCAGGACUGCUCUCAUAGGCUCAUGUGCUACCAAAAGCGACAAAACCCACUAACCGAGUAUUGCUGAAUUUCUACUAUUAAAUACCAGGGGAAAAUGGGUUUGGUGGGCUUUUUUGACCUUCAUUUGAAUCCCUCACACUGUAUCCUUAAUCGAUGCCCUUUCAGUGAAUGAAAGCCUAAAAUGUCAGGUAGGUACAGAGUCACCUUACUCUCCCUAAGCUUUUUCUGCUCAAAAGAUAUGCACUGUCAAAUAUGUAUGGCGAGGGGACAAUCAGUGGAAAAAGGAGGAAGAGGACCGACAAAUCCACCUGGGGCAAUUACACCCCAGGAAAAACUGGAGGAGGUCGCAAUAAUGUGCCAUUUAAUGGAGGCAGGGUUGUAGACGGUGGUGGUCUAUAAGGCCGUUAAAUGCAUCAUGACACGUGGACGGAGGAUUAUUUUCAUGUAUUACUGGUGUGUUCUGUUACGCCAUUUUUUAAAUGGCUGUUGACUCCUACUGUCCCAGGUGUGGUGAGAACCCAGAUGCAGCACCACAGACAAGAAGAAGUUUGUAAUGGCCAUUGAGUGUAACAACUAGAAAGGUCACCCUCUUAGCUUGAGGCCUCCUGAGGCACAGGAUCAGUCCAAAAAGCUUCUGCAAGCCACGCCGAAGCAGAAAGCAGGAAAGUCUCUAGCGUCUGCUUGAUGCACACACACCAGACAGUUCAAUCGUGUGCAGUGGUACCGUGAGGAGCAGACAGUAGGUUGGUCGCGCCAGGCGAGGAGUCAAGGAACCAGCGGUGACGAUAAGAGGAUGGCAGAAUGUCCAGCCCCUUGGAGAAGUAAUCCAUAGCACAGGAAACCUCAGGCAGCAUAACAGGUAAACUCACAAAGUAGAAUCGACUGACAGUCUCUCCACACAGCAACAGGAACCAGGCAAACAGAAACCAGGAACAUGGAAGCAGAAUUCUUGGUCAGGGAUAGAAGUCUGAGUGGUUUACCGAGGAGCAGGCGAAGCAGGAGAGUCAGAAACAGGCGAGGUCAGCAACAACAAAGCAGUCUGAGAACACUUGCUGGAAAGUCUUGCAUUGACUGACAAAGAACAAUCUGGCAAGGAGAGUCUGUGAAGCAGGAGUCUUUAUACUGGCAGAAGUAAUGAUCCACAGGUGAGAGCAGUUGGCUUGAUGAGGUGGGUGUGGUGGAGAGGCAGGGUUAGUGGAAAUUUACUGGGUUAACUGAGAAAGUGGUAAGUAUGGCAGGUCGACAGUGCCCACUGUGACACCUAUGGUUGUAUCUCACUUGAACUACACUACAAUGCCCCCAUGAUCUCCGGUGGUGUUGCUUUGUUUUGUCCGUGUCUGUAAAUUAUAAGAAAACAUGCACAAAUAUGAAUGAAAUGAAUGUUGGAUACAACAAGAAGGCUCCAUUCAUGUCCGUAUACGUAUCUAACGUUGGGAUUACUCUUACUCCUGAAAUGACCCUGUAGGUGACCUCUGACCCCAAUUCUGAAAAUUUUAGUACAACCCCGUUGUCCCAUAUAUAUAUAUAUAUACAUAUAUAUAUAUGUAAACCGUUUUACAGUAAAACAUUACUGUGAUGAAUUAAUGACACUGAAAACAAGUCGUUUCUUUAUUACCUCUUUAUUGCCAAAAAUAUACAGACAGUAAAUGUAAAAGCACAGAUUUUAUUAUUCAUUAAGAUUUUCUUUAAUCAUUGGGCAAAGUAAAGUGUUUGUAUCUGUAAUGCUCUUGGGAUGCAUACAUUACUGUGACUUCACAGUUUGAAAACCAAAGCACCCACACAGGAAAGCUGAAUGUACUAGAGUAGAUUUGUGUUCAGUCUGUGUAUGCACCUUACACUGUAGAUUCUAAUCAGAUUAGUCAUUAGAGCCAUGCCAAGAACCACAGUGGGUUUAGAUCGAUAUCAGAACCAGAAGACAUGAACCUUUGUAUUAAUUUUCUUGAUUUAUAAAAUAGUGUUUUAGUUUUCCCUAGAAAUACUCUAUCAGGGAGGCUCAUUUAGAUAAAUUGCUAACACUAUGAGUUAUUG